AUGAAGGAAGUAGUGGUAGAUAUCGCUCCCAAAUGUAUCAAGGGCCUAGAGUUCAGUGCCCUAUCUGCCAAAGAUAUCAUUGCCCAAUCCGAAGUAGAAGUUCAAACCCGAGAUUUAUAUGAUUUAGAAAAAGGUCGAACACCAAAACAAUUUGGAGCAUUAGAUCCCAAAAUGGGUAUUUCAUCCAAUUCACUGGAAUGUAAAACGUGUCUGGGAAACUUGGCUUCUUGUCAUGGUCAUUUUGGACAUAUUCGAUUAGCCCUUCCUGUUUAUCAUGUUGGAUAUUUUAAAUCAAUUAUUCAAGUUUUACAAUGUAUUUGUAAGAAUUGUUCAGCUAUAUUGUUAGAUGAACCUACAAAGAGACAAUAUUUAUCUGAUUUAAGAAAACCAAAUAUUGACAAUUUAAGAAGAAUGAAGAUUUUAAGAAAAGUAUUGGAUCAAUGUAAGAAACAAAGAAGAUGUCUUGAAUGUAAUCAUGUGAAUGGAGUGGUUAAAAAGGCAGCCAGUGGUGCUGGUCCAGCUGCGUUUAAGAUUGUUCAUGAUACUUUUAGAUGGAUAGGUAAGAAACCAACCCCCGAAAAGGAAUUUUGGGAUCAAGAAUUUGAUCAAGUAUUCACCCGGAAUCCAGAAUUGGAAAAAUUUAUCAAAAGAGUUCAUGAUGAUCUUAACCCUUUGAAAACCUUAAACUUAUUCAAACAAAUCAAAGCAUCAGAUUGUGAAUUAUUCGGUAUAGAUUCCGCCAGAGGUGGUAGACCAGAAAUGUAUAUUUGGAGAUAUUUACCCGCACCACCAGUAUGUAUUAGACCAUCAGUUAUGAUGGAUGCACAAUCCAAUGAAGAUGAUUUAACCGUUAAAUUAACUGAAAUUGUCUGGACUUCUUCCUUAAUCAAAGCCGGGAUUGAAAAGGGGAUUUCAAUUAAUAAUAUGAUGGAACAAUGGGAUUAUCUUCAAUUAUCAGUCGCCAUGUAUAUUAAUUCCGAUUCUGCCAAUCCGGCAUUAUUACCAUCUUCAGGUGGUGCUGGAUCUAAAUCAUCCAAACCAAUUAGAGGGUUCUGUCAAAGAUUAAAGGGGAAACAAGGUAGAUUUAGAGGGAAUCUUUCGGGGAAGAGAGUUGAUUUUUCAGGUAGAACUGUUAUUUCCCCAGAUCCGAAUUUAAGAAUUGAUGAAGUUGCAGUUCCUGAUCGAGUCGCAAAAGUAUUAACUUAUCCUGAAAAAUGUACAAGAUAUAACAGAAAGAAAUUACAACGUCUUAUUAUGAAUGGUCCUGAUAUUCAUCCUGGUGCUAAUUAUUUAAUGAAACAAAAUGAAUUGGCUAAAAGAAAUUUACGAUUUGGUGAUAGAGCUAAACUAGCUAAAAAUUUACAAAUUGGGGAUGUAUUAGAACGUCAUAUUGAAGAUGGAGAUGUUGUCUUGUUUAAUAGACAACCUUCAUUACAUAGAUUAUCGAUCUUAUCCCAUUAUGCGAAAAUCCGUCCUUGGAGAACUUUCAGAUUGAAUGAAUGUGUAUGUACUCCAUAUAAUGCCGAUUUCGAUGGGGAUGAAAUGAAUUUGCAUGUUCCACAAACUGAAGAAGCAAGAGCUGAAGCCAUUAAUUUAAUGGGGGUUAAGAAUAAUUUAUUAACUCCAAAAUCAGGUGAACCAAUUAUUGCCGCUACCCAAGAUUUUAUCACUGGUUCAUAUUUGAUUUCUCAUAAGGAUUCAUUUUUUGAUCGUGCAUCAUUGGGUCAAUUAUUAAGUAUGAUGUCAGAUGCAAAUAUUCAAUUCGAUAUCCCACCACCAGCAAUUUUCAAACCAGUAAUGCUUUGGACUGGUAAACAAGUGUUUUCAUUAUUAAUCAAACCAAACAGAAACUCAAAUGUGAUUAUUAAUGUUGACGCCAAAAAUAAAACCUUCAUCCCACCUCCAAAGGGGCUCCCUAGUGAAAUGUCUCCAAAUGAUGGAUUUGUGGUUAUUAGAGGUUCACAAAUCUUAUCAGGAUUAAUGGAUAAAUCAACUCUUGGUGACGGUAAGAAACAUUCUGUCUUUUAUACUAUUCUUCGAGAUUAUGGUCCUAAAGAAGCAGCAGAAGCAAUGAAUAGAAUGGCGAAAUUAUGUGCAAGAUAUUUAGGUAAUCGAGGUUUCUCAAUUGGGAUUAAUGAUGUUACACCUGCAUGGGAAUUAAAACAAAAGAAAGAAUUAAUGGUUGAAAAAGCAUAUUUAAAGUGUGAUGAAUUAAUUGAUUUAUAUAAUCGAGGAAAAUUAGAAACACAACCUGGUUGUAAUGAAGAACAAACUUUAGAAGCUAAGAUUGGGGGGUUGUUAUCUAAAGUUAGAGAAGAAGUUGGUGAAGUUUGUAUUCGAGAACUUGAUUCCCUUAAUGCUCCAUUAAUUAUGGCUACUUGUGGGUCCAAAGGUUCCACAUUAAAUGUUUCCCAAAUGGUGGCGGUUGUCGGUCAACAAAUUAUUUCUGGUCAUCGUGUUCCUGAUGGUUUCCAAGAUAGAUCAUUACCACAUUUCACUAAGAAUUCCAAAACUCCACAAUCUAAAGGUUUCGUAAGAAAUUCAUUCUAUAGUGGAUUAACGCCACCUGAAUUUUUAUUCCAUGCUAUUUCUGGUAGAGAAGGGUUGGUUGAUACUGCCGUCAAGACUGCUGAAACCGGUUAUAUGUCUAGAAGAUUAAUGAAAUCUUUGGAAGAUCUUUCUUCACAAUAUGAUAAUACUGUUCGUAAUUCUUCCAACGGGAUUGUUCAAUUCACAUAUGGUGGAGAUGGAUUGGAUCCAUAUGAUAUGGAAGGAGAUGCAAGACCAGUUAAUUUUAAUAGACAAUGGGAUCAUGCGUUUAAUUUGACUUAUGAUGUAAAUGAAUCGGGAUUAUUACCUUAUCAAGUAUUAGAAUUGGUUGAUUCUAUUUUGAUGCCAUUGGAGAAUAAGUUAGUUAGAUAUGAUAAUUUGGGGAAUGCAUUGAAUGAAGAGAAUCAAGAUGAUAUUGCAUAUAUUGAUCAAAAAGAUGCCGAAAGAGAUUUCUAUCAAUCUAUACGUGAUUUUAUAUCUAAGAAAGCAGAAAGCUUAGCUAGAAUUAGAGAAUCUAGAGGAUUGAAAGCAUACUUCAUCAAGCCAUCAGAAGACUUUAUUAUCACUGAUGAGGAUACCGACGAUGAAAUCAAACUUAACGCAGUCAAUCAAUUAUUAAAACUUUCUUCAACUACUAUUGACAAGUUUUUAGAGCAAUGCCUUUAUAAAUAUUCAAGAGCAAGAGUAGAACCAGGUACUGCAGUUGGUGCAAUUGGUGCCCAAUCUAUUGGUGAACCAGGUACACAAAUGACAUUAAAGACUUUCCAUUUUGCUGGGGUUGCAUCGAUGAAUGUUACUUUAGGGGUUCCACGUAUUAAAGAAAUUAUUAAUGCUUCCAAAACCAUUUCGACUCCAAUUAUUAAUUCUGUAUUGGUUAAUGAUGAUGAUGAAAUUGCUGCUCGUGUAGCCAAGGGAAGAAUUGAAAAGACACUUUUAGAAGACGUUGCAUUCUUUAUUGAAGAUGUAUAUAAGGAUAACCUUGCAUAUUUAUCUAUUAAAAUCGAUUUGGAAACAAUUGAUAAAUUGCAAUUGGAAUUAACAAUCGAUAAUAUUGUUCAAGCAAUUCAAAAUGCACCAAAAUUAAAGAUUUUACCUGGUGAUGUUUCAGUUAGUGGGAAAGACAGAAUUAAUGUUUUGGUUAAUAUAAGAGAAACUAAAGCUGAAACUCUGAAAGCCCAAACAGAUAAUAAGAAUGCAUUAUUCUUUAGAAUGCAACAAUUAAAACGUGCAUUACCUGGUAUUUGUAUUAAAGGUUUAUCAAACAUUUUCAGAGCAGUUAUUAAUAUUAGAGAUGAUGGUAAAAAGGAAUUAUUGGUUGAAGGAUAUGGAUUAAAAGAAGUUAUGAGUACUGAAGGUGUUGUAGGUACAAAAACUACUACCAAUCAUGUCUUAGAAGUCUUUGAAAUCUUGGGUAUUGAAGCUGCUAGAAGUUCAAUUAUUAAAGAAAUUGAUUAUACUAUGAGUAAUCAUGGUAUGAGUGUUGAUCCUCGUCAUAUUCAAUUAUUGGGUGAUGUUAUGACUUAUAAAGGUGAAGUAUUGGGUAUUACAAGAUUUGGAUUAAGUAAGAUGAGAGAUUCAGUAUUACAAUUGGCAUCAUUUGAAAAGACAACUGAUCAUUUAUUUGAUGCUGCAUUCUUUAUGAAGAAUGAUAAGAUUGAAGGUGUUUCUGAAUGUAUUAUCUUGGGACAAACUAUGAGUAUUGGUACUGGUUCUUUCAAGUUGGUUAAGUCAUCUAAUUAUGAUAAGAAAGUAUUAAAGAGAAAACCAACUUUAUUUGAAUCAUUUAGUGAAGUGUCAUCAACAGCAAUAUCAACUGUUGGUUAA